AGAGUACUUUGACUUACUCUUUACACAGAAAUUAAGGCCAAAGAACAAUCUCGAGCAACAAACUUCCAUUAUGCUCAUCUCAUCCAUUACCAUGGGCUAAAAGCUAGCAAGUAGAAACCAUCAUGUUUCUGGUGCCACCAAGGGCCAGAUACACUUUUUUUUCUGUUGAGAGAUUGCAGCUGAAUUUCAUUGGGGGGUGCAGAAAGAAAACAUGGAUGAUGGAAAUGCUGAGCUUUCUGAUAAGCUUUCAGAUAAUAAUGUUCUAUUUUUGAAUCCAGAGUCAUGUAGCAGUUUUCAGGCUUCAAGUAGCAGCAGAACAUGCACACACACUCACACUUGCAAUCCACCUGGCCCUGAUGCUGCUCAUACACACACAUGCUAUCACACACACACCCAAGUUUUUGCACCAGAAGAUGAUGGCAGGAAGCACUCAAACUCCAAGCAAAAAAGGCCUUCUGGAAACCGAGAAGCGGUUAGGAAGUAUAGGGAGAAGAAGAAGGCACACACAGCAUACUUGGAGGAGGAAGUUAAGAAAUUGCAUAUGGUGAAUCAACAACUAGUGAGGAAGCUACAAGGGCAGGCACUUCUUGAAGCAGAAUUAGCAAGGUUGAGGAGCAUUUUGGCACGACUUAAGGGGAAAAUAGACAGUGAAUUGGGUGCUUGGCCCUUUCAAAAACAAUAUUGUAACACUUCUUACAUUUUCAAAGAAGGGGAUGCUGGUCUUGAGUGUCAGAAGAACAAUUUGCCAUGCUUCCAUCCACAUGUAGGAUCAUCAUCCCAGGUCAACAUUUGUGCAUGUGGAAAAUCCAUGAUUCCAUUGGAUGGAAACUGCCAACCUGAAAUGGUAGAUUGCCAAGUAGAUGCAAAUAACAUGACCAGUACUGAAGGACAAACUGUGGAUAACGUCAUGUCAUCUGCAUCUCAAGACGGAUAGUUUAGCCAGACAAAAAUGUCUUUCUUGUGAGUUUCUAUCCAAUUGCUAUCACAGAUGAUUUGUUUGUUUAGCAUUUGUAGUUGAUAGGUAAGAUGAGGUACAUAAAAAUAUAAUCACUGUUACCCUAAAAGGUAUGUAUGUAAGGACCAGCCCAAUAGAAAGUGAGACCUAAAGCAAAAAAAAAUUGAGAGAGACUUUAUCUAUGUUAAAGAAAAGAGUGAUAUGUGUGACCUUUUAUUCAACAUGUGUGGUCUUUUUUAUUUUAAAAAACUAAUAACAAAUGUUAGGCCUAAAGCUCAAGCUUUACUUGGUUUACCCUUGGGCCGGCCCUAUGUUAGAUGAUUCAUAACUUACUCAUGAAGUUUGCAAUCUGCAAUCUAUAGGAUAUGUAUACAUAGACAAAGUAACAAAGUUCCUUGUGUAAUAAGUUUGUCAUGAUAAAGAAAUUAAUACUUUUCUCCA